AUGGAGGACUUGAUGGAGCGAUAUUUAUCUGUAUGCGCUGAACUUCAGCAGCCCAAAAAUGCCUCUGUUCUGGAAGUCUUGGAGAACAACAGAAACAGUGAUUGCUGUCUCAAACUAGCCGGCAAUGAUCAACCUAGAGCCAGACUGACAGAUGACGAUAUGCUGGUCUUGACAAAAACACUCGAAGGAAAUUCGGCUAUAAAAGGUUUAGACCUUAGAUACAACUGUAUCACAGAUAAAGGAGCUGUUCAUAUUGCACACCUCAUUCAGGAUAGUAAGUCCCUGCAGUCUCUUGAUCUAAUGUGUAAUAACAUUGAAGCUGAUGGUGCAGAAGUGAUAGCAAAAAGUUUGCAUAAAAAUAUUACUUUGAAGACACUCAGAAUGACGGGAAAUAAGAUUGGAAACCAAGGUGCAAUGCAGCUAGCUGCCAUGCUUCAAAUCAACGCUACUUUAGAAGAAGUAGACGUCUCAGACUGUGAUCUGGCUACACAGAGUGUUAUAGCAUUUGCCAUUGUUCUGAUGAACAACAAAAGAGUCUGUGCCAUUAAUGUUAGCCGACCGCUUCUUUUCAGUCUUCAGGAGGAAACGACAGUCCAUAUGGCCCAGAUGCUGGUGGGGAAUAACACUCUGAAGGAGCUGCACAUGGGAAAGCAUGACAUGACUGAUACUGGUGUGGAGACACUAUGUGAAGCAUUGAAAAGAAACAUCUCUCUACGCUACUUGGAUCUUUGCUGUAACAGAAUUACACGGGACGGGGCCAAACACUUAUCAGAGGUUUUGAAACAAAAUUGCUCAUUGGAGAUUCUAGAUCUUUCUUUCAAUCGCAUUGAGGAUGACGGUGCAAUACAUCUAAGUGAAGCUAUCAAGCUGCCACACAGCAAACUCAAAGCAUUGUCUGUUACCAGCAACAAAAUCAGAAAAGAAGGUCUAAUGUCCCUCAACACAGCAAUGAGAGCAAACUCCCACCUCACACACAUUUACAUCUGGGGGAACAAGCAUGAGGAGCCAGUUUGUGUGGCUUUCUCUGAGCUGAUAAGCAGCGGGCGACUGUUGGAGGAGCACACAGAUGUUUCGCCCUAUGAGGUGGACGGUCAUGUUUUUUUGGCAGAGGCAUCUCAUGGUUUACGCAGACAUUACUAUUGGACAUCCAGCUACGGAGAAGACAGAGAUUCAAGUAAUUCAGCAUUGGCCCUGAUGGCAUCAGAUUCGUAGGCUCAAAAAUCACAUUCAUGAUACGAUUCACAAUUUUCGGUUUUGUCUGAAAGUGUUUGUUGCUUUUGUCAGUAGCUGACAGGAAAUUAAUCCACAGUGCAGUUGAUUUCAUUUGGAUUUAUUAUAAUUAAUCGCAUGGCUUGUGUUUUUGAUAAGAGCUUACAUCUGUGUGUCCAUGUGUCCAGUGUUUGGAAAUGUCACACACCGUCAUGUUGCUUGUGAAAAACACAUCAUUUAUGUAAAUGUUUGUGCUGACACUUAGUCUUUGCUAUAUU